GAGGUCCAGGUUGCAGUCCUUUCGCUAUGGCUCUAUCCGGGUGAAAUGUACUCUUCUUUUCUACCAACGUAAGCCGUGCACCAGUGAGGCGUGAACCUGGAAGUCCACCAGCACUCUCCGAGCACAUACGGGGAAACAAUAUACUCUUUCUAUUCCUCAAUAAUUGUCUAUUAUGUUUUAUUUGAUACAUUAGCUUUUAAAUGAAUGUAGACCUACUGAAGUCUACAUUCAUUUAAAAUCUAAUUUGUCUAGUAAUCUUUGAUAGAUAGUUAUUAUGGAAUGUACAGAGUAUGAUCUAUCUAAAACAAUAUAAGAAAAAAAGAAACUACCAAAUCACUCUACUUUCUGGUUCAUGUCCCAAAACUUAGAACUCACAUAGUAGAAGAGUCGCUCUCAUGUAAGUCAUUUUGGGUGGAGAAAAGAAAUAAAGAAAUCCUUCGGUUGACGUUAUAUCUUGAUUCAUUGAAGAAGAAGAAAUGGAUUUCUUCCAGAUUUGAGAAGAAUUGAUGGAUCUGGAGCCUGGGUCUCUUCAGAAUCAUUCAAAGAUCUGAAGAAUGGUGAGAGGAUUGCUACGCAAGCUCGCUGGACGAUCGCUUUCCGUCGCCGGAAAAUGGCAACAGCAACAGCUCCGCCGCCUCAACAUCCAUGAAUACCAAGGUGCCGAGUUGAUGGGGAAGCAUGGAAUCAAUGUCCCACGAGGUGUUGCCAUUGGCUCCAUUGGAGAAGUGAAGAAGGCAAUUCAAGAUUUAUUCCCCAAUCAAAAUGAGAUUGUUGUGAAAUCUCAAGUGCUUGCUGGUGGAAGGGGCUUGGGAACAUUCAAAAAUGGAUUUCAAGGUGGUGUUCAUAUUGUGAAGGCUGAUCAAGCCGAAGAUGUAGCAGGAAAGAUGCUUGGGCAGAUACUUGUUACCAAACAAACUGGGCCCCAGGGGAAAAUUGUCAGCAAGGCUUAUCUGUGUGAAAAACUGUCAUUGGUUAAUGAGAUGUACUUCUCCAUUAUUCUUGAUCGUGCAUCUGCUGGUCCUCUUAUUAUUGCCUGCAGAAAGGGAGGAACAAGUAUUGAGGACCUGGCUGAAAAGUUCCCUGAUAUGAUUAUAAAGGUACCUAUAGAUGUUUUUAAAGGCAUUACAGACAGUGAUGCAGCAAAGGUUGUUGAUGGUUUGGCCCCUAAGGUUGCUGACAGAAACGAUUCAAUUGAACAAGUGAAGAAGUUGUACAAUCUUUUUUGUCAAUGUGACUGCACAUUAUUGGAGAUUAAUCCCCUUGCUGAAACAUCUGAUAAAACGUUAGUAGCUGCCGAUGCCAAAAUGAAUUUUGAUGAUAAUGCUGCGUACCGUCAAAAGGAAUUAUUUUCUCUACGUGAUUCAUCACAAGAGGAUCCCCGUGAGGUUGCAGCUGCAAAAGCUGACUUGAAUUACAUUCGCUUAGAUGGAGAAAUUGGUUGCAUGGUAAAUGGUGCUGGGCUGGCGAUGGCUACCAUGGACAUAAUUAAACUACAUGGUGGAACUCCAGCCAAUUUCCUUGAUGUUGGCGGGAAUGCCAGUGAAGGCCAGGUUGUGGAGGCUUUUAAAAUCUUGACCUCAGACGAAAAGGUGAAAGCAAUUAUGGUGAACAUAUUUGGGGGGAUUAUGAAAUGCGAUGUAAUAGCCAGUGGAAUAGUGAACGCUGCAAAACAGGUUCAACUGAAAGUACCAGUGGUUGUUCGUCUUGAAGGAACUAACGUGGACCAAGGCAAGAGGAUUCUCAAGGAAAGUGGCAUGAAACUCAUCACUGCAGAAGAUCUUGACGAUGCAGCCGAGAAAGCUGUUAAAGCAGCCACUAGUAGUUAAAUGAAUCUCAUAUCGGCUUAUUGAUUGGCGAGUGAUUAAAUCUCUGAAUGCAUACAAUAACAAACACAACACAUUAGAAAAAUAGUAAUUUGGAUGUGCUUUUCCAUGAUAUUAUUGAAUAAGCCUAGUUUUUGUUCAACUAAUGGUCAAUGCCCCCUUCGGUCUGGGUUUUUUGUCAAUGUUCUUGGAAUUGCAAAGAUGAAAGUUAUCUUUUGUGUUCCUUCUUAAUUCUUAUCAAGGGGAAUGACUUCCUAUUAUUUGAACGUUUAGUUUAGUCUGUUCAAUUUGUUUUGUACAGUAUUUUGUUUGUUCCUUACAACUAAAGUAGAGUCUUAGGG